GAUGCGGGCAGAAGAAGCUUCGAUAUCCGUUCGGACCUUGGAGGGUUACAUUUACCCAAAACUUAUUUUCAAAUGGGCCCCGUCGCCUAGCGUUUACUCCCCCCAGCCUCGCCGACUGAGUUGAAUUGGGUGCUACUGAACAUCAGCACGUCUGGGUCAUCUGAAAGGUUUCCAUCAAGCACAGCACACAGUAACCAACGACAGCAGAAUGGCAGCCAUUCCAGCAGGCGGUUCUCUUGUGGCGACCACUGACUACUACCGAAGGCGCAUCGGCUCAACAUCCAGCAGCAGCUCUUGUGGCAGUUCGGAGUACAGUGGAGAGGUCAUCCCUCACCAUCCAGGACUCCCCAAGCAGGACUCUGGCCAUUGGUGGUCCAGUUUCUUCUUUGGGAAGCAUCCAGGGAUGACCCCACUGACUGAGGAGGCACAGCAGAAGGCGGGGGUCCCAGGUGCGGUGACGAAUGGUCAGAUCACCUGCAUUGCCAGGGAGAUGGUGAUGCAACGGCAGGUGAGUGAGAGCAGCGAGGCAGGAAGCCCCACCUCCUCCUGAUCCCGCAGCCUCACUCAGGGUCCACACCUCGCCUCACAUCACCUCGGGAAGAAUCCAACCAAUGACCAACGCUAGGUGACGGGAGGAUGUCCCGUUUACAACUUCAUUAGUUUUUUUUUCUUUUAUAUAUAUAUUAUUCAUUGUGGUAUAGGCUGCCUUAUUUGUUUUUGUAACUUUGUUUUUUGUUUUUAUUUUUUACUUUUCAAGAACAAAAAAAAAAAAAAUAAAAACAAACAAAAAAAAAAAGCCAACAAGACGACGAUGCAACUGAUAAGCUCCUUUUUUAAAAAAAAAAACAAAACAUUUGUACUGUUGUGUGUUUGUAAUACUGUGGUGCAUUCACAUCCACAUGGCUUUGUUAAACAUGUUUCACUUUUGUCACCCUGUGAUUGCAAAUGCAAUAAAGUAGACUCUUGCAGCCUGA